UGUUAUUUUAUUUAGAUUUUUACGUUUUAUUAUUAUUGUGCUUGUGCGAGCACAUACGACGUGCAAACCUUACAACGGCAUGCCGGCUACUCGCAGUACAUCGCCAGUCAGCAGAUAACAAACAAGAUACCAUUGAGCGGCUGCAACCAAGUCGAUACGAAACUUUUUGUGGUUUAAAACAGCUUUACGAAUUUUUAUUCCUUUAAGUUCGUUUGUGUAUUUCUGUGUUUUUGUGUUUUUUGGAGCUUUACGCGAAAAAUUGCACUUGAACCAAUGCAGUGAUUUGAAUUUGAUUUCAAUUGAACGUCCCACAACGGUGACGCGUGCUGCGUUUUGAGUCUUCGCUACUAAGGCACGCUAUAAACCGUUGUUUGCAGGUAGACGUUGUUGUCCUUUCGGUUCAAGUUAAUUAAAUAUAUGUAAAACUUCAAUAUUAUUCGUCCACUCUUGUACAUCAAUAUUUGUCAGCGUUAUUUUUGUAUUAACUAACAUACCACCAACUACCCACCUUGCACACUUUUGGUGCGCCACAUAACCUUCACCAAGUGCAUUGAGGCGGCAGGCAUUGAACUAUAAAAAAAAUGCAGCGUAAACUGUUGCUGUACGCGCUAAUCUUCUUAACUGUGGCGUCUCAAAAAUGCUAUGUAGUCGAAAGUGUUGGGCCGCCCAGCGAUACAAUGGGCGCCAUAGCCGCGAACCGCUACAAUGCUGAACACCAGCAUCAACAACAACAGCAGCACCAUCUGCAUGCAUCGGCACAUCAUCAAGGCAGCAGCGUCGGUGGUGGUGGUGGUGGUGGUGGUGGUGGUGGUGGUGGUGGCGGCGGCGGUAGUGGCGGUAGUAACAGUGGUGUGCCGGCGCCCGCUGUACCACCUUCCGCCACGCAUGCCCCAAACCAUCCAUCUCCCUCGGGCAGCGGUCACAUGGAGCCGCGCAAUUCAUAUAAUCUGUUAAGUGAAGCUAUGUCACAGGCUGUCAGCAAUGAAUUCAGUAAGUAUGAGUGUAAAGAGCAAGAGGGCUGGAAUUGAUUGGCAUGCAACUUUGUUUGCUAAGAGUGAUUGCAUCGGCGAUUAAGCAAAAUGCAAAUGCAAAGCUAAGUUGCUAACGCGAAAUUUAAAUGAAUGGGGAUACCUUUUGUGGUACUUUGAGAUAUUUGAUUUCCUCUAAAGUUAAUUUUAAAACUUGAAAGCGUUUAAAAUAAAACUGAACUGCAAAGUGCCUCAAAUACUCGUAUUAGAAUACUAUAUUUUAUGAGAUACAUCGUUAAGUACUGCAUUAACAAAAAAAAAAAAAAGUUCUUGAGGUGCGACGCAAUAUUGAACUCAAAAAACUCGUUGAAGAUUAAUUACAUCCAAUUUGCAAAAAGCAAAAAAAAGAAGAUAAAUACCUUGCGGUUAACUCGUGGAAAUGAUAAUUAUAAAUAUAGCAUUUAAGGUGCGGUUGGUGAUAUGAAUUUAAAUAAACACGCUGCAGCAUCACCAAGCGAGUCCUUUGCCAAAAUGAAAUCUUAUUUCUUUUUUUUUUUAGUAAUAUCAGCCACAUAAUUAGACAAAUACGGCAUUUUUUACUCUUCAUGCAUAUGUACAUUAAAAAAUCGUUUAAGGCCUU